ACAAUCCAACUGAAUCAGCACAAUUCCCCCUUUGAACUGCCCACGAGGGGCUUAGCUAGAUGUUAUCUCAUUUAAGAGACACUAACCAAACUUACAAAUGAUAACUUGAAGAGGCCCAACACAUGUAGAUGAUCCCGAUUGUUGUUGAUGCUCAACAGCUUACUGAGACGAAGGCCGCAGUCGAGUUGGAAACUUCCAAGGCAAUCACAACUUGAUGAGCUCACAGCUAAGAUCGAGGUAGCAGCUCAAGACCUCAAUCUAUCAGCUCAAGGAGUCUUCAACAGUUCACCAAUCCUUUGUGUUGAACUAAGCGUCUGCUAUGAUCGAGUCGAGCAGAACAAGAGAGAGAGAGAGAGAGAGAGGUGGACUACUCUCCACCUGAGCGAGCUGCCUAUUUUGCCUUUGAAGCGCACAAAAUAAACAUCUUCUGGCUAAGAUGCAGAAUCUAGCUACUGAGAAUAGCACGCAAAUUUCCAACCUCUCCUUCAACACAACUUCCCAUCAACUUCAAACUUCGAUUCUUUGCAAUAAUAAUAGUAGUAAUAAAGGAUUUGGUAAGCUAACACUUCACUAGAACAUAUUAAGUGUAACUUCUAUAUACGCACCUAAACGUUAUCAUAUAUGUCAAAAAAUGAAACAAGUUUUUAUGUUAAAGAUGCUUGUUAUCAACGAAAUAUAGAUAAUUAAGUAGUCCUAAAGGAUAUAUCAUAAAAGCUAGUAGUAUUUUCAAUUUAUCAAGGAGCUAAAAUCGUCACAAGCAUGAUUUAUAUUGUCUAGUGUUCUGAUCAUUAAAAAAAAAAAAAAAUAAGCAACUAUUAAUGAAAUUUACCCAAAUGAUAAGGGAAAAAAAAAUGGUAAAGGACUCUAAAAUUAAUGAAGCGAAAAGAGAAUGAGAAGAAUGAUUUCCCACCACAAUUUCGGAGUUUCAAGAGGCGAUUCUCCCGUAUCCCUCAAUCUUGUCCUCGGAUUGUUCUCAACAACAACCGUUUUAAUGGUGAAAACCAAAAUCCAUCACAAUUAGAUAAAACAACAUCCAAUCCGAUUGAGAAUGGCCGAAGCUUGUCGAAUGAUCGUUGCGCGGGAUUUUUAAUGCGGCGAGAUUGAUUCAUUGAUUGGCGCAAGUUAUUGAAGAGAAAAAGUUUGAUUUUAGAAUUUUGUCCGUGCAAAGCUGCAGUAUCCCUUGAUCCAAGGGCGGAAACAUGAAUGAGACGAGGGCGUCGGAAGAAAAGACAGAGCAUAAUGCAAUUUGUGAUCCAACUGAGGGCGUGAAGAUAAAUUCAGAGCACAAGGCGAAGAAAGGCGGUCAUGGCGGGCGCGUUGCGCCGUGUGAAUCCCUAAGUGUACAUCCGAGCUCUCAUGGGAUUCCAAUGGCAGCGCCGAGCCCUAGAAACCAGUCGAGUACAAUGGCGAUGUCGCCUAGUUCAAAGUCGAGUAUGAGUCAGGGAUGGAACUGUAGUGGUCGGAGCGACAGCCUAGAUUGUUCCAGUGCACCUCUGAGGCCCCACACCGGUGGCGAUGUUCGAUGGGAUGCCAUCACUUCGUCUUCCUCGAAAGACAGCCCGCUUGGUCUGACCAAUUUUCGGCUGCUCAAGAGGCUCGGCUAUGGAGACAUAGGGAGUGUUUACCUUGUUGAACUGCGAGGGACUGCUACCUUCUUUGCCAUGAAAGUUAUGGAUAAAAGCUCUCUAGCAAGCAGAAACAAGCUGCUUCGAGCUCAAACAGAGAGGGAGAUUCUUGGCCUACUUGACCACCCGUUUCUACCCACCUUGUAUACAUAUUUCGAGACCGAGAAGUUCUAUUGCUUGGUCAUGGAGUUCUGCAGUGGAGGCAACCUUCAUUCUCUCAGGCAGAAGCAGCCCACCAAGCAUUUCACAGAGGAAGCUGCUAGAUUUUAUGCAUCAGAGGUGCUGCUGGCGCUGGAGUAUCUGCAUAUGCUAGGAAUCGUCUACAGGGACCUAAAGCCAGAGAAUGUGCUAGUGAGAGGAGAGGGGCACAUCAUGCUCUCCGACUUCGACCUCUCACUCCGCUGCUCCGUCAACCCCACACUGGUCAAGUCCUCAUCCACCCAUGAUGGGAACACGGGAGAUGCUGCAGCUGCCGCUGCUGCUGCCGCUGCUACUGCUGGCAGCCUCUUGAAUGAUGAGAACGCGGUGCGUGGUUGUAUGCAGCCGUCAUCUUUCUUCCCGCGCCUCCUGCCUAAGAAGAACCGCAAAUCAAAAUCCGACUUUGGGCUGGGGAACAACCUGAACGCGCUCCCUGAGCUGAUGGCGGAGCCAACCAACGUACGCUCCAUGUCUUUUGUGGGGACGCACGAGUACCUAGCCCCGGAGAUUAUCCGGGGAGAGGGCCACGGCAGUGCAGUGGAUUGGUGGACUUUCGGCAUAUUCUUGUAUGAGCUGCUGCACGGAACAACGCCUUUCAAGGGGGAUGGGAAUCGCGCUACGCUCUUCAAUGUGGUGGGGCAGCCCUUGAAGUUUCCGGAUAGUUCGCAGGCGAGUGCUACUGCAAAGGACCUCAUAAAAGGGCUCUUGGUGAAGGAGCCGCACAAGAGGAUUGCAUACAAGAGGGGCGCCACCGAGAUCAAACAGCAUCCUUUCUUUGAAGGCGUCAAUUGGGCUCUAGUCAGAAGCGGAGCGCCGCCCUACGUGCCCGAACCCGUUGAUUUUGCCCAAUUUCUCACUAAGGAUUCUAAGCAAUCUACAGACAAGAAGGCACCGGAGAUCGGACCAGACAAGAACAAAACAAGCUCUUCUGAUUCUUCUUAUGUUGAGUUUGAGUACUUCUAGGACUCGGAUUCUUCAUUGUUUUUUUCUUUUUCAUACAUAUACAUACAUAUAUAUAUAUGUGAUUCUUACCAGUUUCAACUAUGCUAUUUAUCUCAAGUUACUGGAUAAUAUAGCAUUGUAACAAUAGGAGAUACGAGAUAAAUAGAGUUUGAUUAUUGAUGAAGGUUGCGUUCAAUUUGUGAGGUGGAUAGGGAAAUAGAGAGUCUCUCCUCUCCUCAAAAUGACUUGCUUCAGUUUUGCUGGUUCAUUAGUCGGGUACUGUUCCCAACUUUUUACUUGCUUAUACUACCAUUUUUGCACU